CGCACCAACAGCUGUUCCUGGUCUCGUAACAUUUAAUUUAAUUUUGUUUCUUGUUAAAUUCAUGCUAAAAUGAAUAAAAUCACGCGUGCCUACAUCAGCGUUUUGCGGCAGAGCACUUCCUCCGGCGGCAGCUCUACUCUACUGGGUCGCCAGCUGUCCUAUAAGAGCGAUUUGUCCCUGGAUAAGAUUUACCCCAGCGCCCGCCUGCAGCUAUACACGCCGCCACCGCCGCCUCCUGGGAGUAACAACAAGUUCAAUGGCUUUAUACCCAUGGACAAGGUGGAGAUCACCUACAGUCGCAGCUCUGGACCUGGCGGCCAGCACGUGAACACUGUAAACACUAAGGUGGACCUUCGUUUUAAGCUGGCGGAGGCCGAGUGGAUCCCAGAACAGACGCGUCAAAAGCUGCUGAAAGAGCUAGCCAAUCGGAUCACCAAAGAUGGCUACUUUUAUAUUAAAAGCGACCUCACACGUUCCCAGCAAAUGAACCUGGCAGAUGCUCUAGAGAAGCUGCGCACCAUCAUACGUUCUCAGGAGGUUGUGGAAGCUGCCCCGCCCAGCGAAGAGACGCUGGAGAAGCUGCGUCGGCGCCAAGAGCGGGCGGCACGUGAGCGACUCCAACUGAAACGAGGACGUGCCCAGGUAAAGGCGGAUCGCCAAGGACCCAGUGGGGUGGACUUGUAAUUAUUGUUAUUGGAAAUUGUUGCACAGAAAUUUACACAUUACACAGAUAGACACUUAAA